AUGGAGAUAACCUCCGGGCAUCCACUGCUCACUGCAGCUCUACUCCUCUCGACUUUACCGUCUGCCCUGGCCCAGAAUGCCCGAGUCAAAGUAACCUUUGACGAGACCUUCCGCACCGUCGCCCCUCCCAACGACGCCUUCGCCCACAAUGCGGACCACGUCCGCGUCGCCUCGACGGUCCUCCUCGGCCUCAUCCUCACCUUCGUCCUGCUCUCUCUCCGGGAAAGCAAACGCUGGUCCUCGACUGUCCCGACGGCGCUGACCCUCGGCGCGGCGACCUGCAUUCUCCCCGAGGCCGUGGACAACUACCUCGCCAACUGUUACUGGGCCCAGUCCCACGACCCGUCGCAGCUCAUGUUCACCUUCCUGGGGCGCGAGUUUGACGUCUACGUCGGCAUCAUAUGGUGGUCCUUUGGUGCCGUCUUGGGGUGCACCAUCUUCGGCGCUCUGAUGCGCGGGGUAACCACCAAGACCCUCUGGGUCCUGUUGGGUCUCGCGGCUCUGUUCGACCUCGUCCUGGAAGAGUGUCUGCUCAACUACGGCGGGCUCUACCUCUACUACGGCCACCAGCCCCUGGUGCUGAUCUCCAAGUUCCCGUGGUGGUGGGGUUUCUGCAACGUGUCGGCCAUCUUCCUGGGUAUUGCCUCGACGUACCGGUAUCGGGAGUGGUUCAACGGGUGGCGGAGCAUCUUCGUCCUGCCGAUACUGCCGUUUUGCUACAUCGCAGGAUGGUCUCUUGCCGCGAUGCCCACCGUUUAUGCCGUCCACGCGGACUACUCUCCUUUCAUCACGCAGCUGUGUGGUCUUCUGACGUGCUGUUUGGCUCUGGUUCAGACCGGGGUCAUGAUGGACGUCCUCCUUGAGCGCGACCCGCUCAAGUUUGAUCAGUCGGGCCGAUCGCCGAGGCUGGAAAGGGGGACAUCACCGUCAACCAGGUCCGGAAGUAAGACAAAAACCUUGGGACGAAUCUGGGAGGGAAUUUAG